UCGUGCGAGCAACUAACGCGUUUGGACGUGCCACCCAGUAAGAGAGAGAGAAAAAGCUAUCCAGAUACAAUUUUCCAGUCAAAUAACUAGCAGAAAGAAGUUGAGAAAAUGCCACCGCCACCCAAAGAUCGUUGUGGAGGGCCGCCACCACCUCCGCCAGGUGGGCGUCGUGGACCCAUCAUUAAUGUCCAGAUUGCACCACGCUGGCCCAGACGUCAUCAUGCACCCGUUGUCGUUGUUCAGACGCCGCCUCGCCCCGCCCCGGUUGUCGUAGUGCAACAGCCACCGCCACCGCCUCGCCCCGCACAAGUUGUUGUUGUCCAACAGCAGCCACCGCCACCGCCUCGGCCAGCACAAGUUGUUGUAGUGCAACAGCCACCACCGCCUCCGUACUAUCCACCAUCAUCAAAUGACCACUAUCACAAUCCACCAGGCUAUUAAGCAGAGCUGCAGCUAACUCCAAGAGCUUGGCAGCUUUUGAUGAAUUUACGCAUUUCCCUUAGACAUAGAAGCACACCAAAAAAAAAUAUCGCAUGAAAUAAAUAUACUUUAUAGUUACUGUA